AUGACCACCAAGCGCCUGGCCAGGCGGCUGGGGCUGGCGCGGAGCAGCGCUCGGGCGCGGAGCGGGGCGCGGGCGGGCGCGGGGCAGCGCUUCGCCUUCCUGAUCGUCCUGGACUUCGAGGCCACGUGCUGGGGGGACCGGGGGCAGCGCGGCCCCGAGAUCAGUGAGUGCACCGAGCUGUCUUUGGGCCGUGUGUCGAUAUGUGUCUUCCUUGUAUUAUGUUCCUCUUAACCCCUGGCGUUUCAGCCCCAAAGUAAUGGAAUAA